AUGCCUGCGAUCGGAGACCAACAUCGGCUUGGGCCAGGGGACAAUCCCGCGAUCUCUGCGAAUCCAUAUUUACAAGGAACUAGACGAGUUGAAGAAUACACAGCUGCCGAGGUUGCCUCGCUGAAAGAGAGACUAAACAAGCAGCUAGGCCCAGAGUUUCUCUCAUCCAGACCUUCGGGAGGAGGAAAGGUACAUUAUAUCACGGCAGAUAAGUGUAUCAACCUUGCGAAUGAAGUCUUCGGGUUCAAUGGAUGGUCGAGCUCUAUACAGAAUAUAACUCAAGAUUUCGCUGAUGAGAACCCUAACACUGGCAAGGUCUCGGUGGGGUUAUCUGUAAUCGUGAGGGUUACUUUGAAAGACGGAACAUAUCAUGAGGAUAUAGGAUAUGGUCAUAUUGAAAACUGCAAAGGAAAGGCUGCUGCGUUCGAAAAGGCCAAGAAAGAAGGGACAACAGACGCUCUAAAGCGCACCCUAAGGACAUUCGGAAAUGUACUCGGAAAUUGCAUAUACGACAAAGAAUACCUCUCCAAAGUGGUGAAAGUUAAAGCAACUCCUGUAAAGUUUGACGUUGAUAAUCUCCAUCGUCAUGUAGACUUUGUGCCUCCCAAAAUACCAACAGCAGCCCCAACGAGUAGGAUUGUAAAACAUGAAUAUCAGAGUAAUGGCCCGUCCAAUCUACCUGCACGAAUCCCUGAUAUCCAGAGUAUCACAGCGGAAGAUUCUCUCGCAUACGAAUUUGAGGGCGAGUUUGGAAGUGAUGUAUUCGAUGAGGCAGAUUUCGCGGAACAUACUUCAUUACACCCCGAUGAAGUGGCUUUGGAAGAACCCGACUAUUCAAGACGACCAACUGGACAAAAUGGUCACCAAUCAGCAGAUCCAGGGAACUCCGCAUAUACAAACAGAACAGCAGCGCCUGUUAACUCAAGAAAACCCAUAGCUUCGGUUUCGGCUAACAGCGCUGUUCCUUCCCACGUUGUUCCAGCCGAUGGAAUCCAUAGGAACACUAUGACCGCCCCGAAAACUCCGAUUCCGAGCAGAUUCGCACAAGAUAGAAAUAUUGACCCUAGACAACCCAGCGGGAGACAAGCAAUGCAACCAAAUGGUCCACCCUUGCCUCAUUCCACCGAUCAGGGCCGACCAAAACUUGAUCAUGCCGCAAAUAAUGAAAGCCAUAAGGCCUCUGUCGCCCAAGGUAAUGAAGAAAAGGUGCCAGAGGACCCCGUCGUUGGAUUUUUCUCUGCUCGGGCCGCAGAGGCUCUAAUAAACGAUCCCCAUACUGCCGCAAAAUCAGCUCCAGUGUUUGACCCUCAGUUUGACAGUCCAUCCAUACGCAAAACCGCAGGUAUUGACCAUACUAGCUCUUCACCUAUCGUUAGAAAGUCUCUACAGGCCCUGCAACAACAGGCUGGCAAGGUUCCGUCACCAGGUGCUAGAGCAAAUACGGCGACAUCUAACAACGGAGGGCCUAACGGCCCUGGGCCCUCAGGCAGACCGCCCAUGACUUCCUCCUAUCGACCGCCAAUACGGCGAUCCAUGGGAGCAGCGACCACCGGCAACGUUAAUAACCUUCCCAACAUGCCACCACCUAUAAGGAAUAACAACAGCCCUGGCAAUGGCGGCCACCAGCAAAACGAACAUGGAAAAAGACCACCAUUGGUGGAUACCACGAAUGUUCCUAGCAAUGAGAGGACAAAGAACCAGACAGAUACUGCGAAACGAACCAGAGUUGAAGAUGCCAAUGCUCCCAAACCAAACCCUUAA